CAUGCGCAGCUCAACGGAGCUGGUUGGCGCAGUCAUGGCCGCACGGGGACUGACGGCGGGUGUGGAACGAGAGUGGCAGCAGCAGCAGGAGGAGGAUGACUUCGCUCUGGCGCUGCAGCUCCAGGAGCUGUGGGAGGCGGAGGAGGAGGCGGCGCCGGCUCGUGUAGAGGCCUCGCCGGACCCCUUGUCCCUCCGUCCGCUGUCGGUGGUGGAUGAAGCCUGGGAGCUGCUGGAUCCCAGCCCCGACGUGCACGGCCUGUUCGUGCAGUUCAACCAGGCGCUCUUCUGGGGGCGGCUGGCGGCCGUGGAGGUGUCGUGGAGCCCGCGCAUGACCCUCUGCGCUGGAGUGUGUAAAUACGAAGGGAACAGCGGGAUGUGUUCUAUCCGCCUGAGUGAGCCGCUCCUGAAGUUAAGGCCGAGGAAGGACCUGGUUGAGACACUGUUGCAUGAGAUGAUCCAUGCUCUGCUUUUUGUUACUAACAACGACAGAGAUCGUGAGUCUCACGGGCCGGAGUUCUGCAAACACAUGCGUCGCAUUAAUCGUUUGACUGGAGCCAAUGUCACAAUCUAUCAUAAUUUUCAUGACGAGGUAGAUUCGUACCGGCAGCACUGGUGGCGAUGCAACGGCCCCUGUCAGUAUAGAAGACCUUAUUUUGGGUAUGUGAAACGUUCAAUGAAUAGAGCACCCUCUGCACGAGACUUUUGGUGGGCUGAGCAUCAAGAGAAAUGCGGAGGUACGUUCACAAAAGUGAAAGAACCUGAGAACUUCUCUAAGAAACACAAGGAGAAAACAGAGGCAGGAAAACCUCAGGAUUCCAAGUCAACCAACAAAGGCCUGGUCCACUUGGGUGAUAAGAAAGAUCCAAAGCCUUUUAGUGGGAAGGGGUAUCGACUGGGAGGAGCAGGCAGUGGACUCUCAGAGAAAAGCUUAACGUUCAGCAGCAGUGUUAAAAACAGCGAGAGCUGUGAUUCGCAGCAUCGUUGGGCAGGAAGCACAGUGCCAAGACCUAAAAAUGAGAUCAAGUUUGAGAAAUCACCCCGUCACGAUACCUUCUUUCCUCUCUUUAGCGGUGAUGCUAGUGAGAAAAUGAACUUAGCUUCAAAGCGGGAGUUCCCCAAGCUCUCUGUUGCUAAUACAAAAGCGUACAAGAAUGUUAAUGGGUCACCUGUUAAAAUUGCUCCUGUUGUGGAGGAAAACUCAAAGCAAGGUUCUACAAAAGGCAAGAGGGUUUUGCCACCGUCCUUUAACAGGUCACCGAAACAAGUUUGUUUUCAGCCGACUGCAGCAGCUCAGGCUCCAUCUGAGAAGAAAAGUGUGGGAAAUACAGUGCAGCAAUGGCCGAGAAAGGAAGACAAAGUGACCUUUGAAAGCUAUUUCGUAAGAAAGAACAGUGAUGGGACUUUAAAUGCACCUACGAAAACUGAAGCUGAAUUUGCAGUGUGCUCCCCAAGAUCCAGCGCUGCUGAAAGGCAGGAAAAAAACGUCAGUUGUCCUGUGUGCCAGACUGAGGUUUUGGAGUCUAAAAUAAAUGAGCACCUCGAUUCUUGUCUUGUUUGAUCAAAGGAAUCCUCCUUCUGGAGGGCUGAAAGAGGAAUAAUAAAACUGCAUGUUUUUAAGGCAGUUUUUAACAUGAAGAUGUUCUAAAUCCUGCUGAUUUAUCUUUGUUCUUUGGACCAUAAUGUGUUGGUUUUAAUGUAUUUUUGUCUGUUCUUAACCACCCAUAAGAGAAAAGAAUUGCUUUACUUACUGCAUCAGAUUUAAAGAGCAGGUAUCUUUAGAACAGCAAGUACUUUGUUUAAGCCGUCACUACCCAUUCAGGUGGUCCUUCUCUUCUGUGACCUCAGGAAUAUAUAAAUAAGAGAAUCUCAAGGGCUUUCAUUGAAGGUGGGAGAAGCAUAGGCACCAAAAGCAUAGUAAACGAUCCAUGUUAAGCCUGACAUGGGAUCGUGGAACAGGAAAAGAGAAACUCCAGAAGCUCAGUAAGGAUGCUAAGAAAUCAAAGCAUGCUUAGAAGAUGAGAGGGCUCUAAGCUUAAGGGCUCAACUUCAAAAGAGUUAAAAUAAGCUUUGUUUUCAGAAGGAUUUGAAAGUCGGCCUUGCUGUUAAAAGGGUGGGCAAAUGCAGGUUAAUGAUGCUCAAUAUUGUGUGUGCCUUUUGGCCAGGGGACCCAGCUGGGCCUUUCCAGCCACUUUUUUGCACAAACUCAUUGAGAGUUCACUAUUUUGAAUGCUGCGGUUAUUAAGUACAUGAGUAACUACCCUGCAUCGUGUUGACGUUGGGAAAUAGAAGUUAUGAGCAGUGUUGGUAGCAGUGUUUGUAAAGACUGUUAUUGGCCAUGUCCUAAAAGCUUCCUCUUACUCCACUGAAAGUAUUUAAGUGGUCAAACAAUUAAUGGCUCGAUUACUUAAGUAUAAAACUGGUUAUAAAUAUUUUUGCUAAAAGAAGAAAUAUACUUUUUCAUAUGACAUUGCUACACCAACGUUCAAUGGCUAUGUUAGCCAUAGGUGCACAUAUAUUUGCCUUUAAAUUAUUUGUAGUUCUUUUCUAAGACUAGGAAAUAAACUGAUGUGGGAUAGAAGCUGCUAAGAGAUGGGCUUGCUCUUAAAAUACUGGUAUAUUUUAAGAUGUUGACACUAAGGUUGUUUAAAGUGGAUCUGAUUGUACUUACAUGUUCUAAAUAAACUGGUUCUGAACUCUA